AUGGAAAAGCCUUACAUUGACCCAAAAAUUAAUAUCGAACCGAACCGACCGGUGAUCGCGCUCUUCUCAUCCGGUACUACUGGCCCGCCCAAGGGUAUUGUUCAUGCUUUGAGAUACUUCACUGCACACAUGGGACCUCUUCCCCAAGAGCCAGGCAUGGCACUAUCACACCGUCCAAUGCAAUAUGGAGCAUCCCUAACCGCUGCCGUCAACGCUAUUCUCAGAGGAAUGCAGCUUGAAAUACUAACCCCAGAUGCUGGACCAUACCAAAUCUGGGAGCGUUUACGGCAGGGUGGUGUGACUAAUCUAGCUGGCUCAGUUGGCUUCUGGGUAGGCUUAAUGGAAUACUUUGAGCAAAACUUAGAUGGUCUCCCUGAAGAAGCAAAAAUGCCUUAUACCGAUGGUGUGAGAUCUCUCCGCGUUGCAAAUUGCAGUGGCGCUAUGGCAAUGCCAACUACCAAAAGAUUUUGGAAAUCGAUGAGAGGGCAACCCUUGCAGAUGGUCUGGGGUAGUACUGAAUCUUCCAUCGGAUUAAAGACUGGAUCUGAUCUUGAUUUUAUUGACUCGAAUGCUAUUGGAAAGCCUAUUUCAAAUGUGGAGGUCAAGCUCUCAGAAGGAGACCACGGAGAAAUGAAAGUGAAGACUCCAACCAUGUUUCUACGGUAUUGGAAUAACGAAAGGGCUACUCGAGAGGCAUUUGACGAAGAAGGAUUCUAUCGAACUGGUGAUUUGGUUCAUCGCGUCGAUGGGGACUAUAUUAUCCAAGGCCGUGCAGCUACGGACAUUAUAAACUGUGCCGGGGUCAAAACACCAAUCCUGGACGUCGAGACGGGCCUUUCCAAGCUCGAGUAUAUCUCAGAGGCUUGUGUGCUUCCUGUCAAAGAUCCCAAAACAGGAAACCGAGUCGCCGCUCUCGUACGCACUCGAUUGGAUAGAUCGCAGCUUACGCUACAAGUGCUUCGGAAAGAUCUUGCUUCCCACUUGCCAGCUUUUCAGCUUCCGACUGUUCUGCGUGUGCUUGGUGACCAGGAACACAUCCCCCGAACUAUCUCAGGGAAGGUGGCUCGACAAGAAGCAAAUACUCUGUACUUUCCCCAAAAUGCAGUAGAUCCCAGCUUGGAGAACUUGCCACAGGAAGUCCAGCUCGAUAAUUUUGAUCCGAAAGCACAGUUGCGAUCGCGCCGGAUGUGGGAUACAGGAGGUGUUCAGUAA